UAUAAUUUACUACUACAAUUCAUUUGAGAACCUUCAAAUGGAGGAACCAAAGAAGCACAUAGUCUUGGUGCAUGGAGCUUGCCAUGGCGCCUGGUGCUGGCACAAGGUGAAGCCGCUGCUGGAGUUGGCCGGUCACCACGUCACGGUGCUGGACCUCGCAGCCUCGGGCAUUAACAUGAAAGUAAUCGAAGAAGUUUGUAGUUUUCGGGAAUACACCGAGCCUUUAUUGAAGCUCUUGGCUGGUUUUAGUGAAGAUGAAAAAUUCAUACUUGUUGGACAUAGUCUUGGGGGAUUGAAUGUAGCUAUAGCCAUGGAAGAAUUUCCUCACAAAAUCUCUCUUGCUGUUUACUUGACUGCAUUCAUGCCGGAUACUGUAAACAAACCCUCCUUCGUUUUGGAUGAGGUACCUGUUUUUUUAAUUUUAAAUUAA